AUGGAGUUCACUGAACUCUUGGAGCAGGUUGGGGGUGUGGGUCUCCUCCAGGCCCUACGGGUCCUCACCUUUUUCCUCUUCUCUGUCUGGGUGCCCAUCCAGAACUUUUCACUGCUGUCCCAGGCCGCCGCUGUCCCAGGCCACCGCUGCUGGGCUCACAUGCUGGACAAUGGCUCUGAAGUCCCCGCAAACCUUACCCCCAAGGCCCUCCUGGCCAUCUCCAUCCCACGGGGCCCCAACCAGGAGCUCCGCCAGUGUCUCCGCUUCCGCCAACCACAGCGGCAGCUCCUGGACCCUGACGCACAGUCUCCAAUUGGAGUGAGGCUGCCUCGCACGGAGCUGUGUGUGGACGGCUGGGUCUACCACGGCAGCACCUUUACCUCCACCGUGGUGACCGAGUGGGGCCUGGUGUGCAACCACCAGGGCCUGAAGCCCCUAGGCCAGUCCAUCUACCUGGCCGAGGCCAGGGUGGGGUGCAUCGUCUGGGGCCUCCUCUCCCACCGGUUUGGGUGGAAGCCAGUUCUGAGCUGGUGCUGCCUGCAGGUGGCCGUGGCCAGCGUCGGCGCCAUCGUUGCCCGUUUCCUCAUCUACUGUGGCCUCUGAGUUUUGCGUGCUUUGGGAUUGCCUGGCAUCAUCCUGACCAGGGCGACGCUCCGUAGUCCCCAUCUGCACCGCCUUUCAGGGGUGGAGUGGACCACGACCCGCAAAAGGGCCGUCACCAUGACGAUCCUGGGAGGCACCUACAGCAUUGGCCAGACGGCCGUGGGCAGCCUGGCCUUUGCCCUGCAGAACUGGUGAGCCCUUCAGCUGACCUUGUCAGUGCCCUUCUUCAUCUUCCUGAUAUCCUGGUGGCUGCCAGAAUCCACCCUGUGGCUGACUAUUGUGGGCAAACCAGAUCAAGCGCUUCAGGAACUCAAAAAAGUGGCCAAGAUAAAUUCCUACAAGGAAGCCAAAAAGACACUGACCGUAGAGGUACUGAUGUCCAUCAUGGAGGAGGAGGUGGUCUCUGCGAAGUCCCGCCAGGCAGUGCUGGACCUGUUCCACGUGCCCUUGCUCCACUGGAGAAGCUGCAGGCUAUUGGUGGUGAGCAUCUCCCUUCCCCUCUCCUACUACGGGCUAGUCCUCGACCUGCAGAACCUGGGGAGCGACAUCUUCCUCCUCCAGGUUCUCUUCGGGGCCGUGACUUCUUAGCCCGGACCAUCACCACCUUCCUGCUGAGGCCGCCGCCCCGCCCUGGCUGGCUCCCUGGCUGUGGCCGGCCUCGCCAUCCUGGCCAAAGUGCUGGUCCCACAAGAUCUGCAGACCCUGCACGCGGUCUUUGCUGCGCUGGGAAAAGAAUGUUUUGGCGUUAACUUAACCUGCAUCGUGAGCUGCAAGCCAGAACUCGUCCCCACUUCGCUGCGGAUGGUGGCAGAAGGCUGCCUGAAUUCAGCAGCUCGGCUGGGGUCUGUGAUGGGCCCCCUGAUCAGGAUGACCCACCAGGUCCUGCCCUUACUGCCCCCCCCUCCUUACAGCAUCAUCCCCAUCAUUUCCAGCCUCGUUGUCCUCUUCCUCCCGGAGACCUGGGGACUUCCACUCCCUGACACCAUCCAGGACCUGGAGAAACACAUCUGAUUUGAUCCAUGCAACAAGCCCACCAGGUGCUGUUCCGUCCAAUUUCAUUGUCAA